AUGGGCGGCAAGGAGCUGGCGAGGCCGGAGAGCGGCCGGACUGGCGACACGGGCGGUGCUGCCAAGCUCCACGAAGGCGACCUCUACCUUUGCGCUGACUCCCUGGAUGCCUUGGAGGGCGCUCUCGGGGCUGUCUGCGAAGCAGUCGAUCUGGUCUUUUCUGAUGGUCCGCGUCGUGCUUUCGUUGCAGUUAGGCCACCGGGUCACCAUUGUUCCUCAUCCUACCCAUCUGGCUUUUGCUGGGUGAACAACGUGCAUGUUGGCGUCAUGCACGCGGCGCUAACUCACGGGCUGACACAUGCUGCCAUUAUCGACUUUGAUUUACAUCACGGCGACGGUUCCCAGUCGAUAGCGUGGCAACACAAUACCCGUGGUGUCUCUGCCGCCAAAAACGCGCAAGCGUGGAAGAAGACCUCCAUCGGCUACUUCAGUCUUCACGACAUCAACUCGUAUCCUUGCGAAAUGGGUGACGAGGAAAAGGUCAAAAAUGCCAGUCUGUGCAUUGAAAAUGCCCAUGGCCAAAAUAUGUGGAACGUACAUCUUCACUCGUGGGGCUCGGAAGCCGAGUUCUGGAAGCUGUACGAGACAAAAUACACUGUCAUACUCGAGAAGACACGCUCUUAUCUGCAACAGCAGGCCGCGCGCUUGCGCGCCAAUGGCCAGACGCCCAAGGCUGCCAUCUUCUUUUCUGCCGGCUUCGACGCCAGUGAGUGGGAAACCAAGGGUAUGCAGCGUCAUAAUGUGAACGUGCCCACCGAGUUCUAUGCACGCAUUACACAAGAUGUGAUCAGAAUAGCCGCGGAGGAGGGACUGGGUGUUGAUGGCAGAGUCAUCAGCGUUCUCGAAGGCGGCUACAGCGACAGGGCGCUGUUUUCAGGUAUUUUCAGUCACGUCUGUGGCCUUGCCGGUGACCAGUCGAACCCUGGACCACCAAGUGGUCGAGGGGGCCUGGCGUAUGAAAUCAGCCACAGGAUUGGCAUCAUAGAAGAAGGGGAACCUGCAGUUCAGUCAACCAAGCGCGCUGGACCGUACGAGCCACUACCCGAGUCGCAAAACCUGUCAUCGCUACACGCAUAUGACCCAUCAUGGUGGUCGAGUGCAGAGCUCGAUAACCUCGAGGUUGCCAUGGGGGUUCCUCCUGUUGAACCCAAGAUGCCGCGUUAUGCGACACCACCAACCUACUCGUCCCCCACACAGGCGUCGACAGCUCGAGUUGUCAACCCUGCCAAGAUGCGUCGAAGCCUGUCAGGUCUUUCGGCACCAAAUGGACCCAUCUCCCGACCUCCAACGCCUCCGGCUCCCGAGGUGCCGUGGACUGUUGCCGCGCAUGAACUCAGCAAGUUGCUCAUUCCCUCUGACCGACAGACCGACAGCUGCACGGCCGAAGAUCUCAAUGCCGAGGCGACCCGGGCGCGCCGGGACCGGCAGUCCCUCCUCCAGCCAACAGUACCGGCACCAGCAACUUCCGCGAACGCUAGUAGCCGACCGUCGUCCCGCAUGUCGUUGCGUGAGCGCAAGCCCGCCAAAGCAACGGCAUUUCCCGAAAGCGGCAAUGGCGCGAACGAUGACAAGCACCUAAAAAGUCGCAGAAAAACCGUUGCCGGAGCUGCUAUUCUUGCCACGGACGAGCCAUCUCCUGGAGUGUCCCCCAUUCCUGCUGCUUCACCCAGCUCUCAGAGGACUGGCCGUCGGGUGAGCGCGGCCUCGAUGAUGACCACUAUACCUCCUGCCCCCGAACCGAACACAGCUAGCAGCAAUGUGGGUUCUCGAGGGGAAUCUUCUAGCGCCAGGCCAGACAUGCUGAAGGGUGGCAGGGCACCCGGCGACAAUACUUCACUCGCCGUAAAGAAGACGAGAACGCCAACUGCCACCAGAGGAGGGCCAAGCCGCGGACCGCGGGGAGGUAAAAAGACUACGAACCCCAGAACCGAGCCAAAUACCGAGCUUGUCGGGCCUGUCGGGCUUACUCAGGCGUCAUUGCCUAACCAUGGCCGGCAGGUCUCAGCUCAUCCGCCAAGUGCUGAUCUGGACAAGAUUACAACAGGCAUGAAAAAGAUCAAGAUCAAUCUCAUUACGAAGUCUCAGAAGGAGGAAAGAGCGCGGUCGUCACAGGCAGCGGCAGCGACAGCAGCAGCAUCAGACACCCGACCGGAGCACGGCUCAACAGGGGACCAGUCUGCACCUCAACCUGCUUCCGAGUUUCUACCUCAGCCAGACGUCGCUAUACCGCCAGUUGUUGAUGAGACGACUUCGGCUCUGGCCGUUGGGGAAAGUGCCAAGCCCCAGCCGGCAUUGACAGUUAAGCCUGCGAUAGGUGCUCAUGAGGGCCCAGUGAGCGCGCAGUUGCCGCUUUCUUCAGACGUGCCUGAGCACAAGGUUCUGCCGAAUAAUUCCUUUGCAAGGCCGGCAUCUUUUCAGAAGGCACAGCAAGACGGCGCGGACCAGAACCCUGCACUGGGACUGACUUCUGAUACGAGCCCGGGGAUGUUUGUAGCUUACCAGGCAGAGGGCCCUGCACCAUUGCCUGUACCGCAGCAGGGGUCGCUGAGAUGGCUUCCGCCCAACACCUCAACACCUGCCACGACGAGGCGGACAGAUCUUCCCGUCUUUACCUCGACAUCCGCCAUUCCGUUUGCUGCAGCACAGAAACACUCGCAAUCAACGGCCCACGAAGAAGGUCUCCAAGAGACAGGCGCGAAACGAGAGCAGCCACGUGAGACCUAG